AUGGCUGUCCGCGCACAAUUCGAGAACUCAAACGAGGUCGGCGUUUUCUCUCUCCUGACCAACUCUUAUGCGAUCGUUGCGGUUGGCGGUUCGGAGAACUUCUACAGCAUUUUCGAGUCUGAACUUCAAGAUGUCAUCCCCGUCUGUCACGCCACCAUCGCCGGAACCCGCAUUGUCGGCCGUCUGACCGUCGGUAACCGCAAAGGUCUCCUCGUCCCCACAACAACCACAGACCAAGAACUGCAACACCUGCGCAACACGCUUCCGGACGAAGUCAAAAUCCAACGCAUAGAAGAGCGCCUGUCCGCACUGGGCAACGUCAUCUGCUGCAACGACCACGUCGCAAUCGUGCACCCGGAUCUGGAGCGUGAGACAGAAGAGAUCAUCGCCGACGUCCUCGGCGUAGAAGUAUUCCGCCAAACAGUCGCCGACAACGUCCUGACCGGCUCAUACAUGGCCCUUUCCAACCAGGGUGGAGUUGUCCACCCCAAGACCUCAAUCCGCGACCAGGACGAGCUCUCCUCGCUUCUGCAGGUUCCUCUCGUGGCAGGCUCUGUGAACCGCGGCUCGCCCGUCGUCGGCGCCGGCAUGGUCGUCAACGACUGGCUCGCCAUUACCGGUCUCGACACCACCGCCACCGAGCUGAGUGUUAUCGAGUCUGUCUUCCGACUUGGUGAGAUGGGCCCUGGUGGAUCUGGCGCUGGUGCUGGUGCCGUUAAUAAGGAUAGUAUUGUGGAGAGUUUCUAUUAG